CUGAGUGGCUACUAGAAGAUUGUCCACGUACUGCAACAGCCUCCUUUCCCCUUGUGGAGCUUCCCGGGACUCUGGGUCUUUGCAAGCUGUUCUCUAAUCGGAGUGGGGAAUUUUGAAGCUUUCAGGCACACGGAUUAUGUAGAGCCUGAGAUCCAUUGUCACACACCAGACAUCUAUUCCACAGCCCCUGGUCCAUCUCUAAUACCUGUCCAGCCACAGAUUUGGGGCUGAGUGCCUGAACAAACCCAUUAAAAUCUUCCUGCUCCUACUGACCUCAGCUGUAGUGAAAUGUGAGAGAGCUGUGGAGUCAGGAGCUCUGAUGUGUCAAACCACAUCCUAUACACGAUGGCACGCUGAGCAUCGACUUUGGUUUCCUGGAUAACAGACUAAUACCUGAACAGAAAGCAGCCUUUGUUCUUUCCUGUGGAGCCAGCAAAACGAUGAUUUGCUGACCAAAGCCCUCUCUGCACACGUGGGUGAUGCUGCCAGACAGCCUCAUCAGGCAGUAACAGCUCCUUGGCUUGGCUGGCAACAGCUCAUCGCUUCUGAGAAACUUCACCAUCCCCAGAGGUGUGGAGAAAAGAUGGGGACAAGUCCCAUGGAGUACAAGUGGCUUUUGAUGUGGCUCUUGUUUGGAUUCAGCAAAGGGAACAGGACAGGUGCAUGCCCACGUCUUCCAGCGACUGAAUUUGCUGAUGUUACUGCUCACAUGUAUCCACCACCAACCAAACUGUAUUAUGAGUGUGAGCCUGGCUAUGACAGAGAACCUGGUACAUACCAAGGAAUUCAGUGUAAGAUUGAACAGCAGGGAGCUGUUUGGAUAUACAAAGGAUACAAAGCAUUUAAAUGCUUGGAUAAGAAAAAAUUGUUGUCAGUGGCUCCCAUGAUGGAGUUAGAACUUACACAGAAGCCAGAAUUAGAACCAAUGAGCACUGCAUCCCAGAAGCAAGAAGACCUUUCAGAGUCCAAACAAAAAGGUUUCUGUGGUCCUCCCAAGACUAUUCCACAUGCCUUCAUAAGGCUGCCCCAACAGCGUCAUUACGUGGGACAAGUCUUACAUUUCAAAUGCCAGACAGGUUACGAUAAGAGACCCCCCACCUUUGGCAACAGGACGUGCAAGGAGGAGAAUGGCAAAGUCUUCUGGACUCCCCUUGACAUGAGAUGCACCAAUGACAGCACCCAGUGGCCACCACAGACCAUCGAGCCAGAUUUGAAUCUUCUGUCCUCUUUCCCUUCCUCAUCAGGGACACUGCCAGUGACAGGUUUUACAGCUAUCUGGUUUGUUCUGCUUAUCAUUUCCACUGCCUUUGUGUGACUCACCAAGCAGCCAAUAAGGGAAGAUUUCUCAGGGAUUUGUGGCAUUCAGAUGCAAACUUGUGAAAACAAUCACUUGCCACAGAAGAAACCAGAUUGUACCAGCGAUCCCAAGACCAGCAGUGGCAAAUGAGGAGGAAGCCUGGACACUCAAACCCAACGUGUGAAGGUGGCAGAAGAUGUUACAGCUCAACUCUUAUGAGGACAGCAUGACUUCCCAUCUACAGUGUGGGAUUCGCAUUCUCUGAACCUGAGAGAAGCAGUGAGAGAAGCAGAGAAAGGAAUGAUCAAAACAAUUCUUAUCUCAUUUGCUGCUCCUGUGUUGUGCCAAAGUAGAAUGCAAUGUGGAGAUGGUUUACCCAGAGUGAUGGUGUUUUGUUUCCUUGGCCUGUCGGGGCCAAGUGUGUGUGCAGACUGUGGGUCAGCAGACAGUCAUGAGAUGCUGGGCAGUUGAGCUGAGUGCUUUGUGCAGAUUCAGUUUAGAUGUAAUGCAAUAUAAUAUAGAAUAAUAUAGUAUAAUAAAGUAAUUAAUUAGCCUUCUGAUAA